AUGAAGCUCUCAGUUGUGAUAUACGCCAGUGCGACUUUCCUCUUCUCAACAGCGACGCAAGAACAAUCUCUCCGCGAAGUACUCCGAUCUCUCAAUACCGAAACAAACGGUAUGACCAUACUAGGACAAGACGGAGUCCUUCGGAGGCUCAACCCUGCUCACGACACGGUCAUGGACUACGUUCAACUCUCGCCACGGCACCUAGCCGAGUACGUCGCAAAGUACCCACCCGAGGCGCGUGAAAUGUGGACGGGCAUCGAUGGACGCGCAGUUACGUCUGAAGCACAGCUGUGGGCUGUCCCGAACGACGUCAUGCCCCGAGACCCAAGCGCCUUGCUCGCUGUUGAAGAAGCAGGAGAACAACUGCCGAAUGUGGACCUGUACAGAGGACGAUGA